CCAAGCGCGGCAAAAGCCAACAACGAACCGCUUGGAUAUCUAAAAUCGAAACAUAUAUUACGAAAGUUUUCAACAUGCCGAUCUAUAUCGAAGAGGAGCGCAACCGUCAUCACCACCACCAUCAUCAUCAUGGAGGCCCCAUUGUGGAGGUGGACAUUGUUCCGCCGCGCAUACCCCGCCCCGUGAUUGAGAUUGACGUGGGUGGACGUCGUCCACCUCCAGCACCCAUCGUCGAGGUAGUCACACCGGCUGCCGUCUAUCAGCCACCCCCACGUCCCAUUAUCGAAGUGGUGCAGCCCCCUAGGCCACUCAUUGAGGUCGACAUUGGCGGCCGCCGCCGUCCACGUGAGGAGAUCAUUGUGGUGCAACAGCCCCCACCACCCAGGUGGUAGACUCCUGCUACGAACAUGGAUGUGGAGAUGAACGUGACCGACCAGAUUUACGGCCCUUAAUGUGCGACUGACAGUUAAUUGAAUUCUGUUUCAAAUGUUCGUUAAAUAUGUUAAAUGCAUUUUAUUUUAAUUGAAAUUACAUUUCAAUGUUGAAGUUGAGCUGCAGAGCGAAAGAUUUAUUUAUGUUAAUGCCAGAAAUAUGAAAAUUAAACUUCUUUUUUUCAAAUGUUGUAAAUAAA